GAGGAGGGGCGGGGCGCGCCGGGCUGGCCCGGGGCCGAAGCCAGGGAGAGCAUGGCCACCCUGCGUCGGCUGCGGGAGUUUCCCCGGCACUUGCUGGUCUGCGAGAAAUCCAACUUCGGCCACGACAAGUCGCGCCACCGGCAUCUUGUGGAGACGCACUAUCACAACUACAGGGUUUCAUUUCUGAUUCCUGAAUGUGGGGUUCUGUCAAAAGAGCUGAAAAACCUAGUCAUGGAAACUGGACCCUAUUACUUUGUGAAGAACUUACCUCUUCAUGAGUUAAUUACACACGAAUUCAUCAACACCUUUGUGAAGAAAGGUUCGUGCUGUGCACUAACAUACAAUACAAAUAUCGAUGAAGAUAAUACUGUGGCCCUGCUGCCAGACGGGAAAUUAAUUUUAUCACUGGAUAAAGAUACUUACGAAGAAACUGGUCUUCAAGGUCGUCCAUCUCAGUAUUCUGGCAGAAAAAUCAUGAAGUUUAUUGUUUCCAUUGAUUUGAUGGAUUUAUCCUUUAACCUGAAUUCUAAGAAGUAUGAAAGAAUAUCUUGGUCCUUCAAAGAAAAGAAGCCAUUGAAAUUUGAUUUUCUUUUGGCUUGGCAUCAUACAGGUGCGGAAGAAUCCCCAAUGAUGUCAUACUUUUCCAAUUACCGAAUUCAGGAGCAUCAGCCAAAAAUAGCCCUGAGCACCGUGACGGAGCUGCCGUGCCCGGUGCUGCGAAGCAGCGCCCUCCGGGGGGCGCCAGAGACGGCCUGCAGCGCUCCAGAGCUUCUGGACUGGCUUGGCGCCGUCUUCAGCCACGCAGAACUAAAUAAUGAGCCUAGUAACUUCAUAUCAACCUAUUGCUGUCCUCAGCCAAGCACAGUGGUGGCCAAAGCUUAUCUGUGUACAAUCACUGGUUUCAUACUUCCAGAGAAGAUCUGUCUCCUCUUGGAACAGCUGUGUCACUACUUUGAUGAGCCCAAGUUAGCUCCUUGGAUUACGUUGUCAGUACAAGGCUUUGCAGACAGUCCUGUUUCGUGGAGAGAAAAUGAACAUGGUUUUCGAAAAGGAGGAGAACAUUUAUACAACUUCGUGAUUUUUAAUAAUCAGGACUAUUGGCUUCAGAUGGCUGUUGGGGCGAAUGAUGACUGUCCACCGUAAAAAAUACAAAAUUUAAAAUCAUGUUUGUUUAUGUUCAUGCUUUCUUUCAGAUUUUUUUAAUGGUAAAGGACUGUGUGUUCACUCAGGUUUGUAUGAUGAUGGCAUUUUUUAGAUCAGCAUCCAUUAGCAUUCUUAGGGCCCAUCCUGUGAGUGUAGCUGGGACUGACAUCCAGUGAAUAGCUCAUAGUUGAUUACCCCUGGUCAGUGCCAGUGUAAGUACAGAGGUGUGGGUUACUGCGUGGUAGAGUGGACUAGGGUGCCCAGGGAACAGGUGUUCUUAGACCAUUGGGUAAGAUGUGUGCUGUUACUCGGGUGUAUGAUUACAACUUUUUCACAUAAUAAAAAU